UACGUCUCAGCGAGAAGAAAAUAGAAACAAGAAAUAAAAAAACAACACAAACCAACUCAUUCCUUGCGACUUGCCGAGAAAAAUUGCAGAGCAGCGGAAAAGUCUCUUGUAAAUUUGUGCAAAAUAUAGAAAAAAAAGUUUUGUAAUAAAAUUUCCUAGUGAAAAUUAAAUCUAAAAUCACGGUGAAAUAUUGGCAAAUUCAGUGUAAAAUAAAAAUAUUCCCCCGUAUAUAUGAAAUGUUUGCUUAAAGUGUUCGCAAACGGAAUCUUGUAUAAAUUUUCUUGUAAGAAUUAUUCUCUAAUUAGCAUCCAGUGUAAAAAAAGUGUAAAAAUUUUCUGUAUAAAAAAAUUAAUUAGAUUUUAUGCAAAUUAGAUAUCAAUCAACAACCAUAAAUAACAUCUAUGUAAAAAGUUUUUUUAUAAUAUUAAAAAAUCUCAUCACUGAUCCAUCAUUAUUCUUCUGCAACUACAAUAACAACAGCAACAAUCAUCACUGACACAACACUCUCGUUAUGUGGUGAGAUACUGUAAGAGAAUAAAGAGAAAUAAAUUCAUUUGACAUAAAAGUAAAAUAUAACGGUUUCUUGUAUGUAAAAACAAAUCGAAAGAAAAAAAAUAUUAAAUAAAUCAUAAAUAAAGAACAGAAAAGAAUCCAAUAUAAUCAACCAUUGUCAUCUUUUAAUGUGUAUGCAACACUUCAUUUAAUGUUGUUGUCGUCGUCGUUCGUCAUUUACCACCUUGUCAUUGUGUAAUUAUUUUUGUGUAUAAAAAAAUAGAAAUUAAAAAUAAUUUUAAGUUAAAACUUGUGUAAAAAUAUAAAACAACAGUUUAACUUUAUUAAGAAGAAUCGUAAAUCUUUGUAAAAAUUGAUAAGGAAAACUCUACGGGAACGCGUUCGGUAUAUUUUAAAUCGUAACGUUUAACGUGUAUUAAGAAAUAAAAGAAAACCCAAACAACAACAAUUUGUGUAAAUUUGCAAAAAUCUCUAAUAAUAACAAACAAAACUUGUGAGUCUUAAAAGAGAAUAAUUAAAAAGAAAACCGAAAAACAAAGAAAAUAACUAACAAAAUUUCUUGCUAAAAAUUGCUCCCUUAACUAGCAGCAAGAUUUUGUAUUAAAAAAUAUAUAUAAAAAAAAACUUAAUUUUAAACAUCUUAAUUGUGUAAAAUAACGGCCUCAAAAUAGAGCUGCUAUCGACUACUGCAAUAUCCUUUGCCCCCAUUGAGUCCACAGUGUCUUCAACACAUUAUCAGCCACCAACAUCAUCAUCAUCACCAUCACCCUACUAUUCGACGCCACUUAAUCAUCAUCAUCAGCAUCACCAGCAGCCAAACCAAACAGGGCCACCAAAUUCAACGCUACAACAACAACAUCUUCAGCAACAACAAUAUCAGCGUCAAUCUUUGCAUAAUUUUCUAUUAGCACCCACUUCAUUAUCAACUUUGCCCUCAUCGGCUUUACCACAAAAUCAGCCAACAUCUAAUUCGUUGAACUCCGGUAGCGCGUCAGCUGUACAAGCUUCAUCUCAACUACAUCAACAACAGCAACAAGAACAACAGCAUACAACAACACACAUGAAGUUAUUGGGCAGUAACGAUGACAGACAAGUGCGCGGCGGUGUUGAUCAGUCUGUACCGCGCACUCAAGAUGAUGUUGCUGCUGCCGCUGCAGCAGUAGGUUACGUGUUUCCACGUCCCUCACCGGGUGGAGUUCAACCGGGUGUAGGAAAUUCGGGCGGCAGUAUACAUGAUGUAGCAGCUGCUGAAUAUGCUGCUCAAUUUGCCCAGAAGCAAGCACGUUGGGCCUGUGGUGAUGAGCAUACCAUUGAUAAUCCCGACAAAUGGAAGUACAAUCCUCCAAUGAAUCCAGCCAAUGCUGCACCUGGCGCACCACCUGGAAGUGGCCCCGGUACAAUUGGUCCCAUUGGUAUGGGAGGUGGCAUGGGUAGUAUGGGCACUAAUGGUGGUUUACAUCCCUCAAUGGGUGGUCCGAAUCAAAUGGGUAAUUCUGCAGCUGCAGCUGCUGCCGCUGGUAUGGCUGCCAUGCAACAGGCCGCUGCCGUUGCUAAACAUAAUCAAAUGAUGUCACAAGUCGCAGCUGCUCAACAUCAGCAUCAUCAACAGCAACAACAACAACAGCAGCAGCAACAACAACAGCAACAACAGCAGCAACCACCACAUCCUGCUCAUCAGCAGCCUCCUCAUCCUCAACAUCAACAGCAUGGUCCCCCACAUCCAUCACAAAUGCAAUCUCAUCAAUACAAUUCGAAUCUUCUCAAUCACGCCAUGAAUAAUCCAGCAGCCGCUGCCGCCGCUGCUGCUGCUAUAGCAGCUGGCAUGACUCAUAUGCAAAUGCCACCAGCAAUGCAAGCUGCAACUGGUAACAUUUACGAUCAUCCAGGCGUACAUCCAGGCGUGGGCAUGAAUGGUGUUGGCGUACCAAAACCUCCACCACCCGGACAACCUGGUCCUGGUGAAUUGGUUUAUCUGGGUGGACAACCACAUGCUGCCGCUGCUUUGGGUAUGAUGCAACAACAGAAUCAAUACAUGAAUAAUCAAGCUGCUGCAGCUGCAGCCGCUUCACGCAAUGCCGCAGCGAUCACUACAUCCACUGCCAAAAAAUUAUGGGAAAAAUCCGAUGGCAAAGGUUCGGCUUCGGCUGGUGUUACCGGUGGCCCCUUAAAUCCUUUACACAUUGGUGAUCCUCAUGUUUGGAAAGAUUCACCCUGGUCGACACAGAGUGAAGCAAUAUUGCCACGACCUCGUACAUUUCCACAAGCACCGGAUACAUCGGCGAGUGGAAAUGCUGGAAUAUUGAGCCCACGUGAUUCAACAAGUGGUUUAGGCGUUAAAAUGGUGGAAUACGUUUUAGGUGGUUCACCAACAAAUAAAGAAAGUCCUUUGUCUGGCUUGGAACCUCGUUUGAGGGCAUUGAAGUUCGAUGAUAAUGAUAAGUCACACGAUGAUAAAGAAAAGGCAAAUUCUCCAUUCGAUACGAAUGGCUUAAAGAAAGAUGACCAAGUGACCACAACAAAUGGUGUUGUCAAUGGUAUUGACGAUGACAAAGGAUUCAAUCGCACACCUGGUUCUCGGCAACCCUCACCAGCUGAAGAAAACCUACCACGCCCUCCCACUCUACUCGAUCCCAGCCAACAUUCUGGUUUUCCACCACACGCCUUUAAUCACAUGUUGGGCGCUGCUGGCAUGGAUCAUCCUGGCAAUAAUUCCGGUUCCGGUGGACCCGGUGCCCCUGGUCAACAAAUGAAUUCAACAUUUACUCAUCAUCAAAUGCCACAAAUGAAUCAACUACAACCGCCGGUCAUGAAUGGUGUGGGUGGCAUGCAAAUGGCACAGAGUCCCAUGUUAAAUCAUCAAGGUCAAGGCCCUAAUCAAAUGGAAUCUCCUGGUAAUCUAUUGCAGCAACAACCACCAAAUUUUGAUGUUCAGGUAUGUAACAUAUUUAUCAAGCAAUUUUAUUCAAAUCGUAAGUCUUUAUAUAAGAUAUUAAGAAUUUAAACUCUUUUUUUUCUUCAACUCUCAACAAAUUAACACUAAAAAUUAAACCAUUUUUCGUGUUUUGUGUAAAUUAUCUGACAUUUUCCAAAUGGUUUUCAACAUCUCGUUCCUUUUUCUCAACUCUUGUCAUGUUUAACUUUGAGAUCAGAUUAUGCAGCAAGAAUUUCGCAUUCAUCGUUGAAUUUUCCUAAAAGUCGUCCUUUUUGUCUUUUAUUACUUCCACUUGUUUUUCUAUUGUGACUAAUUUAUGCGACAGCACAACA